UAUCUUGAAUGUCUACAAGUUUAUUGAAGGAAAAAUGAAGGGAUCAAAAUAUCAAGGUGAAAUGGGAAAGUACAAAGUUUCAGUGUUGUUGUUUUUGGUGUUCUUUGCCUUGUGUACCUUAUUAGUAUUGAAGGUUGAAGCAAGAGCAUAUUCAUCUUCUUUAGAAAGAGAAAUCGAAGCUAAACUGAAGCUUUCAAACAAGCCUGCAGUGAAAUCCAUCAAGAGUGAAGAUGGAGACAUUAUUGAUUGUAUCGAUAUUUACAAACAACCCGCUUUUGACCAUCCUGCCUUGAAGAAUCACACUAUUCAGAGGAUACCUAGUUUUCUUCUUGAAUCCCAAAGUUCAAGCAUAAGAAGUACUACCAACGCAAGCAUCGAAGUGUACCAAACAUGGAAGAAAAGUGGAAGUUGUCCACAAGGAACUGUACCUAUUCGUAGGAUUAAGAAGGAUGAUUUGUUAAGAGCUAUUUCACUUGAUCGCUUUGGAAAAAAACCAUUGGAACCAAACACCACAAAUACCACCGAUGAUGUAGCAUCUAGUAUGAUAAAUCGCUCGGAUGCACAUCUUGCAACAAUUGGAGAAAAUUUUAUUGGUGCAACAGCAAAUAUUAACAUAUGGAAUCCAAAAGUUGAUCGACCAGAAGAUUUCACUACUGCUCAAAUAUGGCUCAAGGCUGCCAAUCGUCUUGAAGUUGAAACCAUUGAAGCUGGAUGGCAGGUUAAUCCAAAGUUGUAUGGUGAUGACAGCACCCGUUUGUUCAUUUAUUGGACGAAAGAUUCAUACAAGUCAACAGGCUGCUUUGAUCUUACAUGUCCUGGUUUUGUGCAAGUAUCUAAAGAAGUUGCAAUUGGUUCUCAUUUAGGACCUUAUUCACACCCAUUUGACCAACAAUAUGAAAUCAACAUUGGACUAUUUCAGGAUGAUGAUGGGAACUGGUGGCUUAGAGUGAAGGGUAACCAUAUUGUAGGUUAUUGGCCAAAGGAGAUGUUGGGUAACUUAGGACACAGUGCAACAUUGGUUCAAUGGGGUGGACAAGUGUUUAGUUAUAAAGUCAAAAGUACCCCUCCACACACUGGAACACAAAUGGGUAGUGGAGAAGAAGCAAGUGAUAAAUUUGGAUUUGCAUGUUACAUGACUGAUGUGAGAAUUAAGGAUUAUUCAAAAAGUCUAAAAUACCCUGCAUAUGUUACUACAUUUGCUGCUGAACCAUAUUGUUAUAGUGCUCUCAAUGAUGUUCAUUAUGGACAAUAUCCUGUAUUCUAUUUUGGUGGAUCUGGACGAAAUCGUUAUUGUAAAUAA